GCGGUUCGUUGGUGCCGGUGAGUCAACAAACGCCUGCCUGAGUGUUAACCUUUAAGUCGUUCCCGUUUGUUUACGUUUAUUUUUGAUGAACUGGUAAAUAAAAUAUUCUGAGAGCUGUAACGACGUCUGAAAACCGUGAAAAUUAGUUUCGUGAAAACUCACUGAAGAUUUUCGAAGAUUUCCGGGACAUGUCAGGUGGAAAUGUAAACGUUGAGAUGAGAAAUUUGUAGGUUAUGUGAUCAGUGUUUUGUUGAGACGAUAAUUGGUGAUUAUUGUUGAUUAUUCGAGAAUUAUGGAGAACCACGCUGCCACGGGGAAGUCUAAUAAUCCUGCACCUACGGUGGAGCAGAUCAAUGCUGACAGAAUUACGCAGCUGGCAAAUAAAUACUGGGCCCCUCACACAACGGACUCUCACUUCCCCUUCGAUCCAAAGAUCGUGGAAGAGAUCUACAUUCAGGAGAUAUGUGCCUCGAAAUUCUCAAUCCGUCGAAUAAUGAUGCUAGAGUUCAGUCAAUACCUCGAGAACUUCCUGUGGCCGAACUACAAUGGGAAGGAUGCAACCCGUGCCCACACCUUAUCCAUCGUGGUGAUGGUGAACGAGAAAUUCAGAGAGCGAGUGCAGGUGUGGGAGGCCUUCGAGAGAAACUCCACCCACUUCUCAGGAUUCUUUCAGAGAGUUCUGGAGACCUGCCUGGAAGACAGCAUUCUCGAUUUCGAUCUCAAAGAGCAAACAGCUCUGAUCGUCUUCCUGAAUCACUGCUUCAACUCCAUGGAGGUGAUUCUGGUGCGCGAGGAAGUGAAGAGGCUCGUGUCCCUCUCCAUGUGGGUGUCCCUUCAGCAGGGACGGCGGGAACUGGAGUUCAGGAAGCACCCGAAGUGGAGGAAACAGUGGAAAAUCAUUCAGAAGCGCGAUAAGCCAGAGCUCAAGGAGAAACUUGAGUGGGACAGAAAAUUUCUCCACAAGUUGAUGAUUAAAUUCAUGAGAAUUCUGGAGACCAUUCAGGAAGAGGGACCCCUUAAUCCUGACAAGGUCAGGUACUGCGAGAGAUUUUUGGAGCUCGUGAUCGAUCUGGAGGCUCUGCUGCCUACUAGGAGAUUCUUCAAUACUAUCAUGGAUGACUGUCAUCUGGUGGUUCGAUGCCAACUGUCGAAUUUACUGAGGAGACAGGAGGGAGGACUCUUCGGACAGCUACUGGAGAUGCUGAAAUUCUAUGCGAGGUUUGAAAUCAGCGAAGAGACAGGAGAUCCGCUCACUGAUCAUGACAUGACGCAGUUGCACUAUACAAAAAUUACAUCGCUGCAGAGAGCAGUAUUUGCAAAAUUUCCUGAUCUCCGUAGCUUCGCCCUGGCGAACGUGGCCAGCGUGGACACACGUGACGCUCUUCUAAAGCACUUUGGUUCCCUAACUCAAGAGAAAUUGAAGGCAAUUGCGAGCUACUUGAACCUGGUCCCCCCAGAGGAUCGGCUAAACGAUGAGAACUGGUACCGCCUGGACAUGGAUUUUCUCCAGGAGCUCCUGAUCUCUCGUCACGAACGUCGCGCCUCGCAAUUGGAGGAGCUCAACGAGAUGCCCCUAUAUCCCACCGAGGACAUAAUCUGGAAUGAGAGCAUCGUACCCACUGAGUACUUCUCCGGCGAGGGCUGCCUGGCUCUGCCCAAGCUCAACCUUCAGUUCCUCACACUUCACGACUACCUCCUCAGGAAUUUCAACCUCUUUCGCCUGGAGUCGACCUACGAGAUACGUCAGGACAUUGAGGACUCGGUGUCUCGUCUCAGUCCCUGGAAAUCUGAAGACGGUGGGGUCUACUUUGGUGGAUGGGCUAGAAUGGCUCAACCCAUCACUCAAUUUGCUGUCGUCGAAGUCGCUAAACCCAAUAUCGGGGAAAAACGACCGUCGAGGGUGCGGGCUGAUGUCACCAUUAAUCUCAGUGUCAGGAGGGAGAUUAAAUCUGAGUGGGAGAAUCUGCGGAAGCACGAUGUGUGCUUCCUACUGACGGUGAAACCUGUGAAUCCCAUCGGAACGAAAUACAGUCAUAAGGCACCAUUCGUUCCCCAGGUGGGUUUGACAUAUGUCAGAGGAUGUGAGGUCGAGGGAAUGCUAGAUUCCAACGGAAGGGUCAUUGAAGACGGCCCAGAGCCCAGGCCCAUACUCCCUGGCGAUGCUAGAACUUAUCGCGUAUGGUUGGACUCCAAUCAGUAUAGAAUUGACAUGGAUAACGCCAGUCAUGGCUCCGAAGACGUCUACGAAUCCUUCAACAUAAUAAUGCGCCGAAAGCCCAAGGAAAAUAAUUUUAAAGCUGUUCUCGAAACAAUUCGAGAGCUGAUGAACACGGAAUGCGUUGUACCUGAUUGGCUGCACAACAUAAUCCUGGGAUAUGGGGAUCCUGGUGCAGCUCGUUACUCCAGAAUGUCAGACGAGAUCCCAACGAUGGAUUUCAACGACACAUUCUUAGACAUAAAUCACCUGCGCUCGAGUUUCCCAGGAUACGAAAUAAGGAUAAAACAGACUGAGGACGAGCGAAAGCUGGAGAGGCCCUUCAGACUGACCUUCGAGGAUGUUAUUGCCAAGCAGGAAAACCGAGAGGAAACCAGGAUAAUCACGGUUGAGCCACAUGUCCCACCCAGCCGAGGCCCUUACAAAGCUAAUCAACCUAAGAAGAAUCAAAUUCCCUUCACAUCAACUCAGGUGGAAGCCAUUCGUGCUGGAAUGCAACCAGGUUUAACUCUGGUAGUUGGACCCCCUGGUACUGGAAAAACUGAUGUAGCUGUUCAAAUAAUUUCCAAUCUUUACCAUAACUUUCCGAAUCAACGAACGCUCAUUGUCACUCACUCCAAUCAAGCCCUGAAUCAGCUGUUUGAAAAAAUCAUGGCUCUUGAUAUCGAUGAACGUCAUCUACUCCGUUUGGGUCAUGGAGAAGAAGCACUCGAGACGGAGAAGGAUUUCAGCAGGUAUGGAAGAGUGAACUACGUUCUUGCCAAACGUUUGGACCUAUUGAUGGAUGUCCAACGCCUGCAGGAGUCUCUAGAAGUAAAAGGAGACGUCGCUUACACUUGCGAGACAGCUGGUCACUUCUUCAAAGAUCAGGUGAUGACACGAUGGGAGAGAUUCGAAGACAGAAUAAAAAAGAGAUCCUCAGGAAACGUUAUAAUUCCUGUAAACAUUGUGGACGAAGAAUUUCCAUUUCACAAGUUCUUUGACAACGCUCCUCAGCCACUGUUCAAGAAGAGUAUGUUCGACGAAGACGUGGAGAUUGCAAGAAGUUGUUUCAGGUACAUAGAGAGACUUUUUACGCAGCUGGAGGAGUUUAGGGCAUUUGAGCUCCUUCGAUCAGGUCUGGACAGAUCCAAGUAUCUGCUCGUUAAAGAAGCCAAGGUGAUCGCCAUGACUUGUACCCACGCAGCUCUGAAACGCCGAGAGCUAGUAGACAUGGGAUUCAAAUACGACAAUAUUCUUAUGGAGGAGAGUGCCCAGAUAUUAGAGAUUGAAACGUUCAUUCCCCUGCUCCUCCAGAAUCCCCAGGACGGCUACAAUCGGCUGAAGAGGUGGAUUAUGAUUGGAGAUCAUCAUCAGCUACCACCAGUGAUUAAGAACAUGGCUUUCCAGAAGUACUCGAAUAUGGAGCAAUCUUUGUUCGCUCGGUUUGUUCGGCUGGGCGUCCCCACUGUGGACCUCGACGGCCAGGGAAGAGCUAGACCGAGUAUUUGUGAUCUGUACAAUUGGAGAUACAAGAAACUGGGGAAUCUCAAUCAUGUGGAACAAUCGCCAGAGUAUCUUGUUGCGAAUGCUGGAUUUUUGUAUGAUUUUCAACUCGUUAAUGUCGAAGACUUCAAUGGAGUUGGGGAGAGUGAGCCCAGCGCCUAUUUCUAUCAGAAUUUAGCUGAAGCCGAGUACUGCGUUGCUGUUUUUAUGUAUAUGAGAUUGCUGGGGUAUCCUGCUGAUAAGAUCAGCAUCCUCACUACUUACAAUGGACAGAAGCACCUCAUCAGGGAUGUUAUCAAUAUCAGAUGUGCUAAUAAUCCACUUAUUGGAAGACCCAGUAAGGUGACAACUGUUGACAAGUAUCAGGGACAGCAGAACGAUUAUAUUUUGUUGAGCUUGGUGAAGACCAGGGCUGUAGGACAUCUGAGGGAUGCUAGACGUUUGGUUGUCGCCAUGUCUAGGGCUAGACUGGGACUGUAUGUUUUUGCUAGAGUCUCGCUGUUUAAAAAUUGCUUUGAACUGACACCAGCAUUUGAUCAGCUUAUGAGGAGACCCUUGAAGCUCCAGCUGCUACCCCAUGAGGUUUAUCCUACGAAGAGGCUGAAUGACGAAGAGCCUAGUGUACCUCCUAUGGAAAUCGAGGACAUGCCACAUGUUGCUAAGUUUGUUUAUGAUUUUUAUAUGAAUAAGGUGAGUGGGAUGAAGGAGGCUGCCAAGGGUUGGGCUAAACCUGGGAGCACUCACGAGGCUGUAGGACCUGAACACCAUGUGCCAGUUCAUCCUGGGGCUGAUGAUGGGGGAUCUGAUGAUGAGGAUGAGAAGGUUGGGGGAGAGGUGGAGGAGAAACCCGAAGUACAGAUGAAUGAACCCAUACAGAACUUGGUCGAGGAACCGAUGGAGGAAACUUGAGGUGGUUGUGUAAAAUUUUGUGAAUAAAUUGAGGGUUUUUAGAAUAACUGGAGUGAUUUUUUUUCCUGAUUAGCGUGGACGUUUUUUUACCUAGGCCAUUGGCGAAAAAAUUCACCCGACCUAUUAUGAAUACUGAGUCUAUAAAAAAUACUUUUAGGGCAAUAAUAAAGAGCCUUUUGGGAAAUUUUGCAUUAUUCCUUUGCUGGUCGUCUUUUCAUCAGAAUUUCAUCGCAAUAUUCUGGAACAUUUUUUUCCAGAAAUCAAUUGAAUGGUUGGAGAUAUUUUUGAAAAAUAAUAAUAAAUACUACAACUACACUAGAUAUAUUUCUUCGUUAGGUAUUUUUAUAAUCCUGCAAAAUUUCUCAUAUCUAUUAAAAAAAAAUUAUUAAA